AUGUGCGGGGACACGCUGAUCGCUAGUCUCCUCGCGGCGACAUGGCCGGACAGAAGUCCGGUCGAAGACGUGGAGGAGGAGGCCUCCUGGCUUCGGGGCAUAGUCACGGACGCGUGCGACGCGUCGAUGCCCCGAGCCGGAAGGCCCCCAGGCCGGCGGGCCGCAUACUGGUGGUCGGGGGAGAUUGCCGAACUUCGGCGCUCCUCCGUCCGCGCCAGGAGGCGCUUUUUGCGCGCCCGCCGGUCAGGGAUUGCCGCGAGGAUCGACAAUGCCUAUGGGGAGUACCGUACGGCGAGGUACUCCCUAAGGCAAGCGAUCAGCCGGGCCAAGGACGGGGCCUGGGACGAUCUCCUCCGGAGUAUAAACAAGGACCCGUGGGGGCGCCGCUACAAGCUUGUUAUGGGCAAGCUCCGCCCUUGGGCGCCCCCGAUCACGGAAUCCCUACCUCCGCAGGUGAGGGAGGCUAUUAUCGACGCCCUCUUCCCAGCGGGAGAGGGCGUUCCACCCCUCACCGAGGACCGGCCUCGCGAGCACGAGGCUAACGAGGUCCCGGAGGUUACUCCGGAGGAGAUGGCCGGGUGCCAGAAGGGGCUAAGGGGCAACAAGGCCCCGGGCCCCGAUGGUAUUCCCGGCAAGGCUUGGGUCCAGGCCCUCGAGGUCUGUUCCCGCACAUGA